GUACAAAUCAGUUCAGUUCCGAAACAAACACUCACAAAAUCAGAAAAGAGAAGACAGAGUGGGUCUCACUCACUGUGUUCGUGUUACGGCACCGCAGUACUGUCUUCAUUCUUUGUUUGAUUCGUUUUGGUUGGAAUUGGAUCCCAGUUGCAUGAAAGAUUUGUUUUGGCUGCAGGAAGGAAAAAAAGAGAACAUGGCUGUCACAGGUUCUGCUAAUGGGCAGCCACAAUUCAUUUCCAGCUCUGGAAACCGAAGCCUUUCCAAUGCGCCACUCAUUGAGAACUCAGAUACUCAUCAAAUUGUUGUGCCUGAUAGGAGAAGCUGGAAAAAUUUAUUUGCAUACAUGGGCCCUGGGUUUCUUGUUUCCAUUGCAUAUAUAGACCCAGGAAACUUUGAGACUGAUCUUCAGGCUGGGGCACAAUAUAAAUAUGAGUUACUUUGGAUCAUACUGGUCGCGUCAUGUGCUGCUCUUGUUAUUCAAACAAUGGCAGCCAAUCUCGGGGUGGUCACAGGAAAGCACUUGGCAGAGCAUUGUAGAACUGAAUAUGCUCGGGUGCCCAACUUUAUCCUUUGGGUUAUUGCUGAAAUUGCCAUAGUGGCCUGUGACAUUCCUGAAGUCAUUGGGACCGCCUUCGCACUGAAUAUGCUCUUUAACAUACCUGUUUGGAUUGGUGUUCUUCUGACUGGACUCAGCACAUUGAUCCUCUUAGCAUUACAGCAAUAUGGGGUUAGGAAACUUGAAUUCUUGAUUGCAUUUCUAGUAUUUACAAUUGCUGGAUGUUUCAUGGCUGAGCUUGGAUAUGCAAAGCCGGAUGCUAAAGAAGUUGUGAGGGGUCUUUUUGUGCCCCAACUAAAAGGGAAUGGUGCUACUGGUCUUGCAAUUUCACUCCUCGGGGCUAUGGUUAUGCCGCACAAUCUCUUCCUGCAUUCAGCACUGGUGCUUUCUCGGAAAAUACCACGAUCAGUUCGUGGAAUCAAAGAGGCUUGCAGAUUUUACAUGAUAGAAAGUGCCUUUGCUCUUAUGGUGGCCUUCCUCAUAAAUGUUUGUGUUAUUUCUGUAAGCGGUGCCAUUUGUAAUUCUCCGAAUUUGAAUCGAGAAGAUCAGAUGAGCUGUCAGGAUUUGGAUCUGAACAAAGCCUCCUUCCUACUUAGAAAUGUCUUGGGGAAAUGGAGUUCAAAACUGUUUGGAAUUGCUUUGCUUGCAUCAGGUCAAAGUUCUACUAUAACAGGGACAUAUGCAGGGCAGUAUGUCAUGCAGGGAUUUCUUGAUUUACGUCUGAAACCUUGGCUUCGGAACAUGUUAACUCGUAGCUUAGCCAUUGUUCCUAGUUUGGUUGUUGCACUCAUUGGUGGCUCUUCAGGGGCUGGGGAGCUCAUCAUAAUUGCAUCGAUGAUCUUAUCAUUUGAACUUCCGUUUGCUUUGGUUCCACUCCUCAAGUUUACAAGUAGCAAAACUAAGAUGGGGGCACAUGUUAACUCAACUGCGCUUUCCGCGGUUACUUGGAUAAUUGGCUCCCUCAUUAUGGCCAUUAAUAUAUACUAUUUAAUUACUGGCUUCAUCAAGCUGCUUCUUCAUAGUCACAUGAAAAUUGUGGCUAAGGUAUUUCUUGGGAUGUUAGGAUUUUCAGGUAUUGCAGUAUAUUUGGCUGGUAUAGCAUAUCUUGUACUUCGCAAAAACAAAGAGUCCACACACCUUCUGGCUCUAACAGCACCAGAAAGUCAGCAAAUGACAAAUGAACAAGGCAAUGGAUCAAUCUAUUCUCUUCCAAGAGAAGACAUAGUGAGCAUGCAGUUGCCUCAAAGAAGUGGUCCUGCAGAUCUUGACUGACAAAUAUGCCAAUGAUAAGGUAGGUAGAUUGGCAAGAUAGACCUGGAAAAUAAAUAAACCUCAGUCCUAAUUUCUAGAAUCAGAAAUGUUGGAUUAGUAUUAGAACAUCUUCUGGUGUCACUUGGUUAGAAUAUCUAAGUUCUUGAGUUUCAUGUGAUGCCUAUAUAUCUUCAAGGACUUCUUGAGGUUGGGAAAUUUUGCUUACUUUCUAUCCUUUCUUCCACAAUCUUCUCAAUUGAAACAUACAAAAUUUAUAAUUUCUUGUUAGAAGAAAAAGUACUACUCUUUUUGCA